AUGACGCACGCUCUGGAUCCCAUCAGCUCCAACAGCACAGAAGACUGGAACACCACUUUCUUCAACUCUUCCAGGAACCUCCAGCACCCCCCAUACCCAUAUUACCAACAGAACAUCACCUACGUGGACCUCUACCUCCACAAGCCCUCUGUAGUGGUAGUCUUCAUUGUGUCUUACCUGCUCAUUUUCCUGGUGUGCAUGGUGGGGAAUGGUGUUGUGUGUUUCAUUGUGUUGCGGAGCAAGAACAUGAGGACGGUCACCAACCUCUUUAUACUCAACCUGGCCAUCAGUGACCUACUGGUGGGCAUCUUCUGCAUGCCAACUACCCUGGUGGACAACAUUAUAACAGGCUGGCCUUUUGGGAGGUUAGUGUGUAAGCUGAGUGGGAUGGUUCAAGGCAUAUCAGUGUCAGCUUCAGUCUUUACUCUGGUGGCCAUAGCUGUGGAUAGGUUCCGCUGCAUUGUAUACCCCUUCAAGCAGAAGCUGACAAUCUCCACCUCCACACUGAUCAUCAUCAUCAUCUGGGUGCUGGCUAUCUCCAUAAUGUGUCCCUCAGGGGUCAUGCUCCAGGUGACCAAGGAGCAGCGUGUCCUUAUCCUACUGGGGGACGGCUACAACAACACCCGCCCCUUCUACUGGUGCCGUGAGAACUGGCCCAAUCAAGAGAUGAGGAAGAUCUACACCACCGUCCUAUUCGCUAACAUCUAUCUAGCCCCAUUAUCACUCAUUGUCAUCAUGUACGCCCGCAUCGGAUUCACCCUCUUUAAGACCGCCAUACCCUCCUCCGGCGGGUGCAGUUGUAGUGGCAGCAGCGGUGGGACGAAACCCAGCCUGGACAACCACCGUCAGUCGAAGAAGAAGAAGAGGGUGAUCAAGAUGCUGUUGGUAGUGGCGCUACUCUUCAUCCUGUCAUGGCUCCCACUGUGGACGCUGAUGAUGCUAAGCGACUACGCCAGCCUAACGGCAAGCCAGCACCGCAUCAUCAACAUAUACGUGUACCCGCUGGCCCACUGGCUGGCCUUCUUCAACUCCUCUGUCAAUCCCAUCAUCUACGGCUUCUUCAAUGAGAACUUCCGACGGGGGUUCCAGGCCGCAUUUAAAUUCCAGCUGUGCUCCGCAGUCAUGGAGCGCCAGAAGACCUACUCGCAUCGUAUCCAAGGCAACGCAGUGUUACCAGCGAACCUGCACCUGCCCACUGGGGCCGGCUCAGGGGGGUCGGAAUUGGCUUUGGUGAACAGGAAGGGGCUGGGUCGGGAGGAAGUGGUCGGGCGGACAUCCGGCGGGCGAUCGUCAGAGAGCGACGUGAAGGAGCAGGAUCUGAUCAUGGAGGAUCUGGAGAAGGUUAUAUAUGACCUAUGA